AAGUUUUGUAUGAGUUGUCCGCAGAAUUGAAACCGAAACUAACCGAGCAGCUGAACCGGGGGAGUUUCUACACACAAACAUCUUUUGUUUUGUCACCGAGAGCUGCUCGACAUGAGAACAAACAGAGCAGAAUGUUACCGAGCAGGUACGAGAAGAAAACCCACAGCGAGUUUCUUUUGCAGGUAAAUGAAAGUAGAGCUAGUUGUGACCUCCUCUCCGACUCUCUGACCACCACAGACCAGCUGACACACACCACGACCUGCCCACGAUGUCUGUAAUCAAACCGCUCGUUUUCUUCGACCUGGAGACCACUGGAUUAGACACUGCGGUGUGUGACAUCAUCCAGCUGUCGGCGGUGUCUGGGUCAAAGGACUUUAACAAGUACAUCCUCCCCCGCCGGCAGAUCGAUAAGCGAGCCUCAGGUGUAACAGGCUUGACCUUCAUUGACAACCAACUGCUGCUCAACGGGAGUCCCAUGGACACCGUCCCGCUCGAUGAGGCCGUCACCACCUUCCUGGACUUCCUGCGCUCCUUCCACACCCCGGUGCUGCUGGUUGCCCACAACGCCCACAGGUUCGAUGCCCCGUUGAUCUCCAGAGUGAUUCGGGAGCUCUCGCUGCUGGAGGAGUUCCGCCAGGUGGUGACCGGGUUUGUGGACACCUUCGUGCUGAGCAAGAACCUCUUCCCUAACCUGGGCAGGUACUCCCAGGAGCAUCUGGUCAAGCACUUCCUGGCAACGAGCUACGACGCCCAUAACGCCGUGAAGGACACCUCCAUGCUGCAGGAGCUCUUCAACUCCUGGAGUCCAGAUGAAAGCAACAUCUCAACAGCAACCUUAACACCCGAUCAAUUUUAAAAACCUUAAAGUUUUUAUUUUUCUUCUAAUUAUGUUCCCUGUAGUUGGACAUUUUAAACAAUCAGUCGUCAAAAUGUCAUAUUGACUUGUUAAAAUGUUAAUUCAAGAUUUUUGUGUAAACAAUAUAUUAUAUAUAAAAUGUAAUUCUGACUAGUUA